AUGGAUGCAGAUGACGAUGGGUCUGUUGUGGAGGAAUUGGGUGAUGAUGGUGGUCGUGAUCACAAACUAUUGGUGAUAGUUGUUCAUGCGGUCCUCUUAGAGUCUAGCUUCGUUGGGUUUGAUCCUGUUUCCAAUAUAGAGGUUCAUGGGUUUCAGUUUCCCAAUGAAUGGCCUUCCUCGGCGAUUAGGAUGUCGUUGAGGUUAUGUGCAAAUGGAUACGGUGGAGAAAGAAGAUGGCAUCAUUGGUUAACAAACCAACUGAAACAACAAAUCACAGAUUCUGAAGCUAAGGUUGGUAGUAUUUUGGAUUUUAAUACCCUUAACGAGAAAACCCUAGAUUUGAAUACACAGAAAGAGGAAAGUUUGGAUUUGGAUUUGGAUUCACAAAUUGGCAAAAAUCAAAAGUACAUGGAUGUAGAUGAUGAUGGGUCUGUUGUGGAGGUUGGGAAGUCUUUUUUUGUACUUGGGUUUCUCAAGAAAGUGUUCACACAAGAAUUGGGUGAUGAUGGUGGUCAUGAUCACAAACUAUUGGUGAUAGUUGUUCAUGUUGUCCUCUUAGAGUCUAGCUUCGUUGGGUUUGAUCCUGUUUCCAAUAUCGAGGUUCAUGGUGUUAAUGGCAAUGUUAAUGGAAUUGAUACUGUUGUAUUGAAGUUUCAAAGUUUAGAGAAGUUCUUUAAUGUUUAUGGGUCUUUAGCUAAUGGGUCUGUAACGCAUUGGGUUAUGUGCGAAUGGAUACGGCGGAGAAAGGAGAUGGCAUCAUUGGUUCACAAACCAACUGGGCAGCAGGAUAUUCAUAAUGCUGUUGCUUCCAAACUUUCCUCCUAUAAGAUUUAUGAUGCUGGAAACUGUUUAGCUGGGAAUUUUUUGGAGUAG